AUGGCCAUAGCUGAAACAUCUAAUCAGAGCCGGGCCAAACAAUACGUUAUCACCGAGAAAAAACAGAUGAAGGCCUGCAAGGUAGGAAACUACAGCUUUCAGUGGACAAAUUUGCAUCUACCAUCAGAGACGACGGAUCCACUGCGCUAUGAAUAUGACGAGCUCGGCAGCGACGCCGUAAAGACACUACAGCAGCUUCGGCAGCGCAAGGUAGAAGGGGGCGAGGCAAGUGCGGGAAAGUUUGAUAUGUAUGCGGCUCUUCGAGAUCAUCAUACCGAAGAUGCAACACUUGCCAAUCUUUGGACAGAGGUCCAUACGGUGCCCGACUGGGUUGAUUGGGAGCAGAUCGAACGCGGCCAGAAGUUCCUCUAUCGUUACGCCAUGGCAAACCUUUUAGGCUUCGCGCUGCAGGGAUUUCUUGGAGAGAACUCUGCCGCGUCGGGAGUUGUCGAGGUCCUCGUGAGAACCGGGGGCUUCUCCACGAAUUCGCUGCGCCGUCGACUUAUCGAAACAUUUCAGUUCCUCCUUCAAGUGACUAAAAACAUCGACGCUAUUAAACCAGAUGGCGAAGGCCACAUCACAACCGUACGCGUGCGCUUGCUGCAUUCCGCCGUAAGGGAACGAAUCAUGAAACUUGUCAACACUCGAGUGGACUAUUUCGACGUCGACAAAUUUGGAGUUCCUGUCAACACCUUGGACUCGAUACACUCCAUCACCACAUUUUGCUGCAACCACAUGUGGCUACAGCUCCCUCUGAUGGGGGUCUACCCGAGUGAGCAAGAGACGGCCGACUACAUUGCUCUGUUUCGCUGGAUUGGAUAUCUGCUUGCCACUCCGGAUGAGUACUUUGCGACUAGUGCACGAGCCAAAGCGACCAUGGAGAGUAUGCUUCUGCACGAACAAAAGCUGACGGACAACUCGGUCGUCGUGGGUUACAACUUUGUGCAGUGUGUCAAGGAUCUGCCACCCUUCAACAUCUCCGCAGACUUCAUCGAAGCUGGGAGCAGGGUGCUCAACGGAGACGAGCUUUGUGACUCGUUGGGGCUUGCGAUGGUUUCCUUCUUUCGAUGA